AUGGGGCAGAGGACGUCCACGGAUAAGCACUAUUUAUGUAUAAUGGCAUCUGAUUCGCCAGAUCAGAAUUUAACACAGUACUUUAGUUUGUGUAACGAUUUCAUACAUGCGGCGAGGCUUCGAGAUGGCAAUGUCCUCAUACAUUGUUUAGCUGGUAUGUCGCGUAGUGUGACAGUGGCAGUUGCGUAUAUAAUGUCGGUGACACCACUGACGUGGCGGGAGGCGCUGAAGGUGGUCAGAGCUGGUCGCGCCGUUGCUAAUCCUAACCUGGGCUUCCAGAGGCAGCUGCAAGACUUUGAAACUUAUAAACUAGUUGAAGAAAGACGAAGAUUAAAAGAACGUUACCCGUCCUUAGCACUUGCUGAUCGAGAUCUCGCAGAAUGUCGUGUGAUGCUUGACUCCUAUCAGACAAUGCUCAAUCAGAGGACGAUUUGUGAGGGCAAGUGCGCUAUGGGCAGACUGUGCCCAACAGGUGUAUGUAGAACAGGAUCCAAGAGGCAGCCGAGGCCGCGUCGUCCGUCCACUUCUUCUGGGGAAUCACCAGGCCUAAAGCGUUCUCCUUCAACACUAUCCACGGUUUCUACUGCCUCAGGAUAUCGUCCCCGGUCUUCGCCGGCCGGUCUUUAUAGUUACACAGGCACACCUUCACGACCCACUCGCUCAGCGUCUGGACUCAGUAUCACACGUAUCACGGAUCCCGUGGGAGGAGGCACUGCCAUGGCAGUUGGUGGCACGGAGUAUUCCAGACGUAGAGCUGCCUCUGCACCAGCGACACCAGCUUUAUCACCAGCUUCAUCACCGCCAGGAUCACCGCACCGGACCUCGCACAGACCUGGAUUGGCAUGGACGAUACCCAAUGUGCAUUGGGAUCCAGAAUCCAUGUGA